CCCCCGGUGCCCCCCGGUGCGACUCACCUCCUGCGGAUACGGGAUGUAGCCGGCGUAGGCCAGGACAAAGGUGCAGAACUUGUUGAAGUCCUCCACGGCACGGCAUGGCGACCGGCGCGGGCACCGGCGGGACGGCGGCGGCGGCGGCCUCGGCGGCAGGAGAACCGGCGCACGCGGUGUCGCUGCUGCGGGGUCUGAGCGCGCUGCGGGCCGAGCGGAGCCUGCUGGACGUGACGGUGGUGGCCGGCGGGCGGGAGUUCGGGGCUCACCGCGCCGUCCUGGCCGCGGCCUCGGGAUAUUUCCGCGCCAUGUUCGGCGGGGCCCUGCGCGAGGCGCGGGCCGAGCGAGUGCGGCUGCACGGCGUGGAGCCCGAGUGCCUGGCGCGGCUGCUCGACUUCGCGUACACCGGCCGCGUGGGCCGGCUGGGCCCCGACAUCGCCGAGCGCCUGCUGCGCGCCGCCGACCUGCUGCAGUUCCCCGCCGUCAAGGAGGCCUGCGGCGCCUGGCUGGCACGGCAGCUGGAGCCCGCCAACGCCCUGGACAUGCAGGACUUCGCCGAAGCCUUUGCGUGCCCGGCACUGGCGGCUGCUGCCCACCGCUUCGUGCUGCGGCACGUGGGUGAGCUGGGCGCCCAGCUGGAGCGGCUGCCGCUGCCGCGCCUCCUCUCCUACCUGCGGGACGACGGGCUCUGCGUCCCCAAGGAGGAGGCCGCCUUCCAGCUGGCGCUGCGCUGGGUGCGCGCCGACCCCGCCACCCGCGCCCCGCUGCUACCCCAGCUCCUGGCCCACGUCCGCCUGCCCUUUGUGCGCCGCUUCUACCUGCUGGCCCACGUGGAGAGCGAGCCGCUGGUGGCCCGCUGCCCGCCCUGCCUGCGCCUCCUGCGUGAGGCCCGUGACUUCCAGGCUGCCCGUCUCGACCGCCACGACCGGGGGCCCUGCGCCCGCAUGCGCCCCCGGCCCUCCACCGGCCUCGCUGAGAUCCUCGUCCUCGUUGGCGGCUGCGACCGCGACUGUGACGAGCUCGUCACCGUCGACUGCUACAACCCCCGCACCGGCCACUGGCGCUACUUGGCCGAGUUCCCCGAGCACCUGGGCGGGGGCUACAGCGUUGCUGCGCUGGGCAACGACAUCUAUGUCACUGGGGGCUCAGACGGGUCCAGGCUGUACGACUGCGUCUGGAGGUACAAUUCCAGCGUGAACGAGUGGACGGAGGUGUCGCCCAUGCUGAAAGCCAGGGAAUACCACAGCUCCACAGUCCUGGAUGGACUGCUCUACGUAGUUGCCUCUGACAGCACAGAGCGCUACGACCACACGCUGGACAGCUGGGAAGCCCUGCAGCCCAUGCUGUACCCCAUGGACAACUGCUCCACCACCUCGUGCCGCGGGAAGCUGUUCGCCAUCGGCUCCCUGGCUGGAAAAGAGUCCAUGGUCAUGCAGUGCUACGAUCCCGACAGCGACCUCUGGUCCCUUGUCAACUGCGGCCACCUGCCCCCCUGGUCCUUUGCCCCAAAAACUGUCACGCUCAACGGCCUCAUGUACUUCAUAAGAGACGACUCGGCUGAAGUGGAUGUUUACAAUCCAGCAAAGAAUGAGUGGGAUAAAAUCCCUGCCAUGCUUCAGGUUCACGUUGGGGGAAGUGUGGCCGUGCUUGGCGGGAAGCUCUAUGUCUCCGGGGGCUAUGAUAACACAUUUGAACUCUCAGAUGUCCUGGAAGCCUAUGACCCUGAGACACGAAUGUGGAGCGUGGUGGGCCGGCUGCCCGAGCCCAUCUUCUGGCACGGCAGCGUCAGCAUAUUCCGGCAGUUCAUGCCAGAAACCCCACAGGAGGACGACAGCAUCACGCUGGACAACACCAUCAGCUUGAGCAGGCAGACCCAAAACCUUCACAACCAGAACCUCAAUGAACUGCCUUAGCACAGGAAGCAGCCUGACAUAAGUCCCUCAUCCAGAACCUGGGCUGCUUCGGGAGAAGGCUGAGGCAAACCAGUGCUUGGAAACAAAACCGUACUGAUCACAGAGGGAAUGGGAACUCUGGCUGUUGGAUGUGCUGCUGUGUGACCGCAGGCAGUGAGGCCUCUGCUGCUCCCUCAGCCCUUUGCUGCCUGCAGGGACCCGACAUCCCCGGGGAAAAUGAUCGCACUGACCCACACCACAGCACCACCACUGACAGCUUGUGACCAGACACCUUUCACUGGGAGCUCCUUCACCCCAUAAUACUUUGUUUGCCACCAAACUGCUUCCUUCAGUUUCUUUUUUGGGAGGGGUCUGUCUGGUAAGACAGUGGUCUGGACCCCCCCUCUGUUCUGUGCCUCAGAGGGAGACAAGCUUUCUGUGCACGUGUUGGGAUUGAAAGGUAGUUAUUUUAGGGUUUUUUUUCUUCUUUUUGUUUGGGGUUUGCAUAUUUUUUGGCCUGUGUAAGAUUUGCCUUUAUACUUGCCCAAGUGCCCUGACCAGGUGGGCUGUUUAUCUACCUUUGCUGAAGAGCAGCUGCGUGGUUUAUUUGUGGAAUGUUUCUGGAACAAGCAGAGGCCGAACCUGUGGCACAACUCCCCAGGAGUGAGUGUCACAUCUUCAGGAGAACCUUGAAGUGUGACAGCAGCUCAGGCGUAGCUGGAUGCAUUUGCUUUUUUGGUCUUUUAUUUUUAACCAAUAGAGGAGAAGUCUGUAUUUUAAACUGAAUUCGGAGAUGGAAAGCCCACAUACCCGACCACUGCACUCCUCAGCCGGGGGAACCCACGCUGUUCCUCAGUCUGGAACACUGACAGUGCCUUGAGACCACGCGCCGGGGUGCAGCCCGUGGGCCCCUGUGGGCAGAGCCUGGCGGGGGGACACUGGGGCCUGCAAUUCGGGGCAUCUGCUGCUUUUCUGGGAGCAGCCUGUCCGUGCUGUGCCGUGCCUGCGGAGCUGGACAGUGCUGCAGCCCGAGGUAUUUCUGCUGAGCUAUAAAUAGUGCUCGCUGCUGGACCCCCAACCCCACCCGCUGAGCAGCUACAGAUAACUAUUUAUUUUUUGUAGAAUUCAUUGUGUUGAAUCCUCCAGUACAGUUGAACUCCAUCCUUUGAAACAAAGGCAUUUUACAUUUGCAGAUAAUGUAUUUUUAUUCUCAUAGUUUGUUUUUAAAUUUACUUGCAGCUGUCAAGUUAAAUAAAACCUGUUACACAAUUCUGUCGUCUGCGAAGGGAAA